AUGGUAACAGCAGCAACAUGCAUAUUGCAAUUUAACGAAUGGGAACAAGAGGCGAAGACCGUCGCGGGAGGAAAUCAAAGCGGAGAAGAAUUGAAUCAACUCAAAUAUCCUCAUGGAAUCUUCAUUGAUACAAACAGGAGUAUUUACAUUGCAGAUGUCAGCUACAAUCGAAUUAUGAAAUGGAUAUAUAAUGCGACAGGAGGAGAAAUCAUUGCUGGUGAGAAUGGAAAAGGAAAUAGAACAGAUCAAUUGCAUUUUCCAACAGAUACGAUUGUCGAUACGCAUAAACAUCGAGUAAUUCAAUGGCGGAAUCAAAAUGAACAAGAAAUUCUCCUUGAAAGCAUUUGGUGUCAAGGGCAAGCUAUGUCAGAGGAUGGGAAACUGGAGAAAAAGGAGAAGGAACAAUAA